CCAUGGCGGCGCCUUAAACAGGCGGCGUUGGCCGCCCCCGCCCGCCUCAGAGCGCGGCGCCGGGAGGUGAGCGAGUGACCGGGAGGUGCCUGAGUGACCGGGAGCCCCAUGGCUGGGAACGCUGAGAUGGCAUCUCUGGAAGAAAGCUUCCGCAAAUUCGCCAUCUACGGUGACACCAAGGCAACGGGGCAGGAGAUGAAUGGGAAGAACUGGGCUAAGCUGUGCAAAGACUGCAAAGUCACCGAUGGCAAAAGUGUCACCAGCACCGACGUGGACAUUGUCUUCUCCAAGGUGAAAGGGAAGACAGCCCGUGUCAUCAACUACGAGGAGUUCAAGAAGGCUCUGGAGGAGCUGGCCCCCAAGAGGUUUAAGGACAAGAGCAAAGAGGAGGCGUAUGAAGCCAUCUGCCAGCUGGUGGCAGGGAAGGAGCCCAUUAACGUGGGCGUCACGAAAGCCAAGACAGUGGGAGCCGUGGAGAGGCUGACGGACACCUCCAAGUACACGGGCUCCCACAAGGAGCGCUUCGACGAGAGCGGCAAAGGCAAGGGCAAGAGCGGGCGGGAGAACAUCGUGGACACCAGCGGCUACGUCAGUGCCUACAAGAACGCGGGCACCUACGACGCCAAAGUCAAAAAGUAGGGACGGGUGCCCGUGGCACCACCGGCCCGGUCCCUGCCGCCGGCCGUGGGUCGGUGUUGAGCCCUGGGACGUGCCCGUGAGUGGGGCCCGGGGGGGCUGCGCUGGGGCCAGCCCAGGCUGCCGGGAUGUCUGCCGGCCGCCCAGCGCUGGGGGGAUCGGGGAGGUCGCCGUGCUCUGUCCCCACCCUGUGCUGUGAUCCCCCCGCCUGUGCCCUCCUGUGUCCCCCGUGCUGUCACCCCCAGCCCCACACCGUACUAACAGCACUGCUCCUCAGGGCUCCCCUGCCCCGCCGGCACCCACACCUUCCCUACCUCAGCCCCGGCUUUCGGGGCAUCCUCCCUUGUCCCACGGGGGCCCGCAGCCCGUCCUCCCCUCCCGGGGACCUGCCUUAACCCCGCGCCACUUACACCACAGCCGCCUCCUUCCUUCCCCAGCGGUGCCCUCCCCUCGGGGCUGCCCGCCUGACUCUGCCGCUUGCCCAGCACCUGCGGUGCCGUUUGUGCCGGAGCUGCCGGGAUGCUCCCGGCCCGGCCCCAGGAUGCACCCCGGGAGAGUUUGGUGUUGCCUGGCCGUCGGCAAAGGUCUCCGACCUGAGUCCCUAUGGCCUCCCGCUGCCUUCGUGAAGCCCAAACCAAAGGAUGCUGCAGACCCACGCUGUAACCCGGCUCUGCAAUAAACCCCGUCCGCACUGA